UGGGCUAAAUUAGGCGUAGAAACUUUUUUUCUUUUGCUAAUCCAAAAUGGAUUACUUUCAGGUAAGAGUUCUUUUGCGUGGCUUCGUACGGAUCCAGUAAUAUUGAUCACAGAUCCUGAACAUGCAAAAGAGAUUUUGACAAAGAGUAAUGUGUACCAAAAGCAAACUCAUCCCAAUCCAUUUUCCAAGUUAUUGAAUUACGGUCUUGUAUGCCUUGAGGAAGACAAAUGGGCCAAACACAGAAAGAUCAUCAAUCCUGCUUUUCAUGUCGACAAGUUAAAGCAUAUGCUGCCAACAUUUUAUCGGAGUUGUAAUGAAAUGAUAAGCAAAUGGGAGGAGUUUGUUCCAGUGGAAACAUCAUUCGAGCUCGAUGUAUCGCCAGACCUUCAAAAAAUGACCAGUGAAGUCAUCUCUCGAACCGCAUUUGGGGGUAGCUAUGAAGAAGGAAGAAUAGUAUUUGAACUUCAGCAAGAACAAGCUGCGCAUGUAAUGGACAUAAGUCGUUCAAUUUAUAUACCAGGAUCAAGGUUCUUGCCUACUAAACGGAACAAAAGAAUGCUGGAAAUCUAAAAGCAAAUUGAAACAACAAUAAGACGUAUCAUCGACAAAAGAUUGAAGGCAAUGGAAGGAGGGGAGACCAGUAAAGAUGACUUAUUAGGCAUAUCACUUAAUCCAAUUUGAAAGAAAUCCAACAACACGUCAAAUUGCAAUGAUUGAUCGUGGCUACUACUUGGUGUUUACUAAAUGGAGAGAGUGGAGAUUACACCAGAGGUGGCCGGAGCUAGGGUGCGAUAAUAGUUCGCCAAUGGGGUGCUUCCGGUUUGACGAAAACGGUAACUAUGUGGUGUUGAUCAAUGGUGGGUAGUGCUUUUUCGAUGAAAUUUCGCUGAACCCAUUCGGUGGUUAUGUCCAAUACCUCUCGCUUUCCGAAAAAAAUCCAUAAAGUCCUCGGUAGGAUUGACAGCAUCCCCCUCAAGGCAUGAUUCCGAGAUAGAAUCUCUUGAAAGAGAAAAAAAAAUAUGAAUGUUUUCUCUCCCUUAUUUAUAGAUCUCUGUUCUUGAAACACAAUCACUUGUAAUACUCUUUUUGAGAGCUACAAUUAUGGAGUGUGGUCUUUACUUCUGAUCAAUACUCCCCCUUUGCUUUAGAAAGCAGAAAAAGGCUAUUUUGCCUAUGUCGCUUUCUUAUUCGAUUUAGCAUAGAGGCCUCCAUAUUUUCAUUUCUUCAAAUUGAUGAUUUUAUUAUUUUUGGGUA